UAACUAAUUACAAUUAAGUACAUAAAUUCAACUCCUAAUCAAAAUAGCAGGCCAGUAAAAGUGUCCCCAAGGUUGUGGGAUGUUCAUGAGGAAAUCGAGGGUUGUCAUGGGUAGUCCAAAGGGGAAACGUUCAUGGAUUUCUGGUUUGGCGCCAUUUCCGAGUCGUCCUAUAUGGGUAAGAGGCUCUCGUAAGUAUAAUAUGAACAGUUUAAUCGCUCUAUAGUAUAUAGAAAUGUUAAAAUAAGCUAUUUUUCAAUAUUAACAAUGUAUUAAAAGGACUUGGUACCCUUUAUAUAAUCACACGAAAUCAAUAAUUGAUAAGUCAAUAAAUUUCUAGCUGUUAUUAAAAUUUCACUUCACAUAAUAAAAAUACGUGUAUUGAACAUGUUGUUUUGUAUGAGCAUUGUACGCUACUAUGUGUUUAGUACGGGAAUGAAGAUCAUAUUAUUAAACCACAAAAGAUAAGUAUACAGGUUCUAUAUCAAAUGGGGUAAUUAGCCUGGCUGCCAUUGAAUAAAUUAAAUGGGGGAUUAAUAUUUGGUAGCUAAUUGAAUAAUUGACUGCCAUAGGGGAAAAUGAAAAUCCCAUAAUAAUCAUCCACAAAAUGGAAAGUAAUUAAAAGACAAAACCCAGCAUUUACUUCAAUUAAAGAAUUGGGGGGACUAAAACUAUAAAUUUCCGUCCACCUUUUUUGUCUUCACACUCAAACUUCAUAAAACCCAAAAGGCCGGCGCCCGGCGCACACAGCUGACAGCUCUGUGCUUUCCUCCGCGGAGAGAGCGCUCGAUUUAAAAAACUCUCAUUCCUUCCUUCUCUUCGCAGUUCGCUCCAUAAAAGAAUCUCCGUCAAGCCUCGCUUGCCGGCCAUCCCAAUUCCCUUGCUUGGCUCCCCUGCAUCUCUCUCUCUCUCUUUCCCUCGUCCCCUCCAUUUCCGCUCGCUCGGGCUCCGUUCCGGCGUGAUCCGAAGGUAUCCAAGCUUCUCUCGUUUUUCUUUUCCGGCCUUUUCUCCUGUAUAUUCUGCCUGUUUGAUUCCCGGGAAAACGAAAAUGUCGUUUGACUAAACCGAACGAGCUACAGUUCUCAUUUUCCUUUUCCGCUGUCGCUUUGGUUUGGCUGUGGAAUUUCUCAAUUGGUAAUUGCUCGAAAGCACCUCGCCAAUCUGUGGCCAUUUUGUGCUGUUUGCUGCUGUAUUCAAUCUUGUUGAUAUUCUCUAUUUGGAGAUGUAAUGCUGCUCGAGGAUUGCCAACUGGUUGUGCUCAAUUUGGUUUCCUCGCGUUUCUGUGAUCUUUUGCCCAGUAGUUGUAGUCCUGCAAACUGGCCUUUUGCUUGCUUGAUACUCUGGCGAUAAAUGCGAAUUUCAGGUCAAGGAUCUGGAAUUUUGAGAGAAAGUUAGAUUAGGUUUUUUUUUUUAGAGUUGUAGCAAAGGCCCAGUGUUUGCUGCAUUCUUACUCAAUUGUGAUUUUUGCUUCGGAGGAGACUGUUUUCGAUUUGUAUAGAUUGAAUUCCUCGGAGCAGCAGUAGUCCUCUGAUCUUCUCUGAUAACUUGGUGAAUUUAUGCUGGCAUCUGAGUUUAGGAUCUAGCAUUUAGAUGUAUUCAGUCUGAUGCCUUCGUUAUUUUUCCUCAUAUCGAGCAGGCAGAGAGUUCCUAUAUAGUGUAUGCUUGAAGGAUUUCUGGAGUUUUGAGAUAGCAGAUUAAGGGUUUUAUUAGGGUUGUAGCAAAUGCCAAGUUUAUGCUGCAAUGAAUGCCCGAGAUUAGUUUAUGGUUUUCGGAGAGGCUUUGAGCUCUAUGAAGCAAUAAUAGUGCUCUGAUCUCUGAUGACUUAGUGGGUUUGUUCUGGAACCCGGAUUCAAGUGGAAUGUAAUUAGAGAAGACUUCGCUAAGAUAAACAACGUUUUUUUACAACUUCUGCUCUUUUCAGAUGUCUGGUGAUGUGGAGAAUCCUAAAGCACCAGUAGGCUCCCCAAAAUCCAAUGGAGUUAAGUCCACCUGGUCAAGUUACUUACUGGAGAAGACAUCUGUCUACGGUGUAGCAGCAGGCUACUGCAUCUCAGCAUCCUUACUCUCCAUCAUCAACAAAUGGGCCAUCAUGAAAUUCCCUUAUCCAGGAGCAUUAACCGCUCUCCAGUACUUCACAAGUGCAGCAGGCGUCUUACUGUUCGGCUCCUUCAACCUUCUAGAACAUGACAAGCUCAACCUCCUGACCAUGUGGAAGUUCCUGCCAGCAGCAAUCAUGUUCUACCUCUCCCUCUUCACCAACAGCGAGCUCUUGCUCCAUGCCAAUGUUGACACCUUCAUCGUAUUCCGCUCUGUGGUUCCCAUCUUUGUCGCCAUAGGCGAGUCAUUCUUCCUCCGCCAGCCAUGGCCAGCUCUCAAAACCUGGCUCUCUUUAGCCACAAUCUUUGGUGGUAGCGUGCUCUAUGUCCUGACAGAUUACCAGUUCACCCUCACUGCCUACAGCUGGGCUUUGGCUUACUUGAUCAGCAUGACGGUCGACUUCGUGUAUAUAAAGCAUGUGGUCAUGACCAUUGGGUUGAACACAUGGGGGCUUGUGUUGUACAACAAUCUCGAGGCGUUACUGCUCUUCCCUCUCGAGUUGCUGAUAAUGGGCGAGCUGAAGAAGAUCAAGCACGAGAUCACCGAGGAGACUGAUUGGUACUCUUUUGAGGUUGUUUUGCCAGUGGGGCUGUCUUGUCUUUUCGGUUUGGCUAUCUCGUUCUUUGGGUUCUCCUGUCGGAGAGCGAUUUCUGCUACUGGGUAUACAGUCCUUGGCGUGGUGAACAAGCUACUGACGGUGGUAAUUAAUCUGGUUAUAUGGGAUAAUCAUGCUACGUUCGUCGGAACUAUAGGGCUGCUGAUUUGUAUGGUGGGUGGGAUUCUGUAUCAGCAGUCCACUAGCAAGAAGCCUAAGCCUGUUGCAGAAGUAACAGCGAGAGAAACCGAGGGAGGAGGAGGAGGAGGGGAAGAAGAAGAGCAGAAGCUGCUGGAGUUGCAAAGUAAAGAUCUUUCAGAAUCCCAGCAAGGUAAAUGAGGAAGCAAAUCAUAGUUUAAAUUCAAAACUUUUGUUCUGACGAGUUCAAUCGUUCUCGGGUGCCAAUUCCUUGCAAUGCAAGUUUCCUGUUACUUGCUGUACCCUUGGAGAUUCCCAUACAUAGAUAGAUUCUUUUGAACCUUGGAGGAUGAACCGUUUCGAUUUUGAACUUGUAACCAAUCUCAUCACGACAAUUACCCAUAGUGAAAGUGUUAGUGGGAAAUAACUUUGAAAAAGAGGUUUUCCAUACUCAUCUAUGCUUCUGAUAUGUCUUUCUUCAAAAAAGAGUGUUGCUUGCCUCUAAAUCCGAGUUCAUGCUGGCUUAUAGAAGUUCGGCUUAACAUUGAUUCAAAUUCGAUGAAAACAUUAAAAAAAAAAAAGACUUCUUUCUAACGUGAGGCACAUUUCAGUACCAAAUGACUUUAAUGGUUAUAUGAUUUGCACAAUCUAUAGAUACAACAUAUCCAAAGCUACAAGGAAGGUGUUUUAAGUGGCGUAGAUUGCCUUGCAUUUUGCAACCCUCCUGAUUAUAGUCCACAUAAAUGAGCCUCUCAAGUUAACUCGAUUUAUCAAGCUAAACGUUUAAUAAUUUUCUUCAUUGAAACUUAUAAAUCUCACUUGAAUUAUCUCAACAAACAUUUUAGUUGUUU